AUGGCGGAAAAUCAUGAUACUGUUAUAUAUGUUGAUGGCGGCAUGAAUUGCAUCUUCAGAGUUCCUAAGGUGCUCCAGAAACAUAACCCAGAUGCAUAUACACCUUGUGUUCUCUCGAUUGGACCUUUUCAUCAUCGAAAAAAGGGAAGCGAGGAUGAAGGGAAAGAUGACAAGGAGGAAGGCAAAGAUGGGAAGGAUAAAAAAUAUUUCCAACUCGUGGAACGAAUGAAAGAGAGGUAUUUGAAUGAAGUCCUCUCAUGCAUGCACAUAAAUUUGAAAGAGUUGAUUGCAAAAGUUGUUGAGCUUUCAGAUCAAAAGAAUGAUGGGCCUAUUCAGUUUGAGAAAGGUGCCCGCGAUUUCUAUGCAGAAAAACUUGAUUAUGAAUCCAAUUACUUCAAAGAAAUGAUGAUAGUCGACGGCUGCUUUCUAAUUCAACUGUUUCGAAAGUGCACUGAUGUGCAACCUAGGGGAAGUGAUGACCCGUUGUUCAACAUGGAUUGCAUGUUCCAUUUCUUAUGCCAUGACCUUUUGCUGCUUGAAAACCAGCUACCCUGGUUUGUUCUCGAAACUUUAUAUAGCCUUAUCCUUGCCUAUUCCGGAGGUUCUGGCCCUUCCCUCUCUAUCCUCAUACUUGACGCCUUCAAGCAUUUACCCUCACUGAAGCAUUGUCAAUCCUAUAGAGAUCAUCUUCUUCAAUACCAUCCUCAUAAACAGAAUUGGCGGGGUCAUGGCUAUGCUAACGUUCUGCACAUACUUGAUCUUAUGAGAGAUUCAAUAGUUGUCCCAAUAAUGUUCAAAGACCAGACAGAAAAGAGAUUUGAACAAGCCUUCCUCGAUCCAGAUAUACAUGGAAUGUACACUGCAACUGCUCUGUCAAAAGCGGGCAUAACAUGCCGAGGCAACAAAACAGAAAACAUAAUGGACAUGCAAUUCGAAGAGGGCUGGCUAUUCUGCAAUGGAGUUCUUAAGAUUCCGCAGCUCAACGUCGGAAUGCUAACCGAAUCAUUAUUCAGGAACCUCAUAGCUUUUGAGCAAUGCUAUCAUGGUAUUUCAAAUGAAAUAACAUCUUACGCUGUGUUUAUGGAUAACCUCAUCUCUUCCCAAGAAGAUAUGGAAUUACUUUGUAAGGCAAAAGUAAUAGGUAACUGGCUGAGCGAUGAAGAGGGUUGCAAUUUCUUCAACAACCUUUACAAAGGCAUCCCGCGCACCAAGUUCUACUAUGGUCCUCUCUGCAAGAAAGUGAAGAAACGUUACGAAAUGAAAUGGUAUACAUAUGUGGCUUCAUUCAAGACUCAAAAGCUUUCUAAUCCAUGGGCGGUGCUUGCUUUUUGCACAGCUCUUAUCCUUCUCGUUCUCCAGCUAUGGAACAGCACAAAUAGCCUCCAAUCCUUCAGGAAGCAAAACCAUGGUUUUUGA